GCAGGUGUUUCAAACGUCAUCAGUUAGGCGGUUUUGAGUGAAACGAAUCGCACUCUGUGUCGAAACAUCACGGCUGCUGCUUUGCCUCGAGCAGAGACUCAGCGAGACGCGCAGGACUUGGUGAGAGAUGAGUCCGUUCUUGGGCCGUCGGGACUGUAUCGAAAGUCUCCGUAAAGACCUAGUGGACCUGCAGGGCGCCAUUCUGGACGUCUUUUCCAGAACCGGACCGGUCCGAGCCUCCUCCUGGAAGUUUCCCGACAGACUCUCCUGUAAUCUGGAUUUAGUGGCUCUACUGAACCAGUAUGACUUCUUGGACGGGGACGACGUCUUCAGUCAACACUCCCACGUGGUUUUACUGGAGCUGGUUAUUGACAGGUGA